UGAAUGACAGACAAAUGAGAUUUUUAGUUGGGGUGGGAGUUGUAAAGUUCUUCUUCUGAAUGAAUUUAUUUCUAUGGUUUGUUGUUCUGCAUUUUGCAAAUUGGCCAGAACCCAGAAAUAAUUACUUUCAAUCUUAAUGACAAAAUAAUUAAAUAAAUUUUCCUGGUAUGAUACUCAGUUCAAGAUGUCUCUAAACCAAAAGUUUUCAGAAACUAGUUCUUCCCAGAACAAAGUUUGGAAACCAGAGCUUUACAAAAUUCAACUUGAAGCUCCUACUCCAAAGCCUUUGUUAAGAAAUCGUGAACUUCAAGGCACUCCCUCAUUUUAUGGGCAAGAGUACCAUGGUUUAAUGGGACACCAGGAAGUUGAAAAGCUUUUAGAGAAUAGUGUCGAUGGGACUUAUUUGAUACGAAAAAGUCCCAAAGCAGAAGACUAUUAUACUCUAAGUGUGAGGUUUAAUAACAAAACCAAACACUAUAAAGUUUAUAAUAAACCUGGAAAGGGUCAUUAUCUGCAAGAGACUUCCAAAAGCUAUGACACAAUACACGAUUUGGUAGCCGAUGGACUAGUUAAUUUUUACAUGGCAUUGCAUGCUGCCCCUAUAAUUCAAGGUAUGAUGCAACAGACCAAAAACUGCUACAACAAUAGUCCCUACAUGACACUGAAUCGUCGAAAACUAAGAGCACUUUCGAAUGAUAUAAGAAAUUCGAUGAAAGAGAAAGUAUCGGCCGAAGUCAUAUCGGAAAAAGUUGCUUUUGAGGCUGAUGUAUUGCCAGUUGUGUAUGAAAAAAAUCACAAAUUUAAAGUUCACACUUUUAAGGGUCUCAAUUGGUGUGAAUUUUGUGCGAACUUUCUGUGGGGGUUUACUGCUCAAGGUGUUAAAUGCGAGGAUUGUGGGUUUAUAGCUCAUAAUAAAUGUUCUGAGCUUGUUCCAGCCAAGUGUGUUCCAGAUCUGAAGAGAAUAAGAGGUGUUUUUGGAACAGAUCUAACAACUUUGGUUACGGCUCACGUUUGCACAAUUCCGUUUGUUAUAAGGAGAUGUGUGGAAGAAGUUGAGUGUCGUGGAAUGUUGCAAGAAGGAAUAUACAGGGUAUCAGGGUUUGCAGAUGAAAUCGAAGCCCUCAAAUUGGCUCUAGAUCGUGAUGGGGAGAAAACUGAUAUGUCAGAAAUGGCUUAUGGAAACAUAAAUGUUAUUGCUGGAACAUUAAAGUUGUAUUUGCGAUUAUUGCCAGUUCCACUGAUUACAUAUCGAUCAUAUCCUACAUUUAUGAGAUCUGCACGGCACAAGGAUUUGAAGGAGCAAAUCCAAAUGAUGAAAGAUGCUAUAAAGGAACUUCCACCAGCGCAUUUUAAUUGUUUGAAGUUCAUGGCGGAGCAUUUAAAAAGAGUUGCAUCACACUAUGCUGUUAACAAAAUGAACGAACACAAUCUUGCUACGGUUUUUGCACCAACAUUGAUAGCUACACCACAGCACAUGACCAAUCUAUCGGAAGAGAUAUUUAUGCUCUCCGCAAUGAUAACACACUGCCAAGCAAUUUUCAACUAAAGUGUAAUAUUAAACGAACAAAAAAAGAAAAAAAAAAAAAACAA